AAAACACGGCGUUACAUGUCGGGCCGACUCCUCGCUGCUCACAUCUCGACCUCUACAAAACUCUGGGGAAAGCGCAGCAUCUCAUCGCUUCUGAUUCCCCACCGUCCCGUGGCCUCCCUUGAACUGCCGCCGCGGAUCUCCAUGGCCUCCAGUGAGCCGCCGCCGCCGUCCAAGAUGAAAUCCGCACCAGCCGCUCCAACCACCAUACGCGGCCUCGGGGACGACCUCCUGCGCGAGGUGUUCCUCCGGCUGCCCUCCCUCCCUAGCCUCGUCCGAGCCGCCCUCACCUGCCCCGCCUUCCUCCGAGCCGUCCGUUCGUCCCCUGCGUUCCGCCGCCGCUUCCUCGAGCGCCACCCGGCCCCACUCCUAGGCAUCUUCCUCGACAUCUACAAGCCCGCCAUGCCCGCCUUCGUGCCCGUCCGCCGCCGAUCCGACCCGGACCACGCCGCCGCCAUCCACGGCGCCGACGUGUUCCUCGCCCGCCUCCCCGACGACGAAGACGCAGGCGAAGACGACGGCCCCGGGUGGUCGAUGACCUCGUGCCGCGACGGGUACGUGGUCCUCGUCAACCGGAGCACCAAGCGGGCGGCCGUCUACGACCCCCUCACACGGGGUCUGCAUCUCCUCCGCGCGCCACCCGUUGAGAUCUGCGAAGAAGACGCCGGAAAGACCAAAUUUGAGUACCACGUGGUCGCCCCCGAUAAGGACCGCCGGUCGUUCCGCGUCCUCUGCAUCUCGAGGAAGAUGGAUGAAGAGUGGUGGGGACAUCAAGUGCAGGUCGCCGUCUUCUCACCGGCCAGCAGGGAGUGGGAGAUCUUCCCGAAAGCGGGGAGCCUGCAAAACUGGGCUAUAGGCAAUGGUAAGCUUGUGGAUGGGUCAGUUUACUGGACAUCUGGAAGGGGAAGUGGUCAGUUCCACGUGCUCAACACUGGAACACUACAGUUCUCCGAGAUCGAUCUGCCGCCGGAGCGUAAUGUUUGGGGAUCGGCUUUGCCGCCGGAGCCUAAUGUAUGGGGAUCGCCGGAGCGUAAUGUAUGGGGAUCGGCUUUGCCGCCGGAGCCUAAUGUAUGGAGAUUGCCGGAGCCUAAUGUAUGGGGAUCGUCGGAGCCUAAUGUAUGGGGAUCGUCGGAGCCUAAUGUAUGGGGAUCGUCGGAGCCUAAUGUAUGGGGAUCGCACGGUGGAUGGGGAUCGGCUUUGCCGGCUUUCAAGGUUGGUGAGACCAGCGGUGGGAAGCCCUGCUUGGCCCGGGAAGCUGAGCUCACGCUUGAAGUUUGGGUCUGGAGAGCCGCCGCCGCCGACGACAAUGUCGACCGAUGGAUGCCGCACACGACAUUUCCGAUGCCGGAUGCGAUUGGUAAACUUGAGCUACAAACCGCGGAUGAAGGAUGGCGCAGCCCUAUACAGGUUGUGACUAUCAUCAGUGGCACUGUGUAUUUGUCUUUCAACCAACGGUCGUUUGGUACAAAAGAUACUACCUGGUUGCUAUCCUUCUGUAUCGAAACAGAGGAGCUGAAGAAGGUCUGCCCUAUCACUUGCUCUAUUGAUGAAUCUUACUACCCCUACGUCAUGGCGUGGCCUCCUGUUCUGGUAGGCUGUAAGGUGAACUCUGAACUCCAAGGGGUUUGACUUAGAGGAAUAAGGAAAUUAGAACUCAGAUCACCGAAGAGUGAAAGGCUCCGUUGCUCAGAGCUGCUGCAGAUUGCACCUACCAAGUGAUAUAGAGACUUGGGAGCUGCUCUUCUUUAGAAUUUCUUAGUAACAAUAAUGAGAACUGCUAUUUGCGCAAUUGAGCUUACUCCUUGGCUACUUCAUGUUAUGUGCCUAUCAGUUGUGUGAACUGUCAUGUUAUUAAUCUUGCGUUUGUGAUUGUCAGCUUGUCCACUAUGGAUUUAUGAAGAAACUGAAUUUAAAUAACUGGUUUCUGUUGAA